GGACACCAUACACUUGUUUGUUAACUUGAUCGCUACAGCACCAUGCAAAACGUCAUAAAGUAUUUAGUUUAUUUGUUCUAUAUAUCGACUUAUUUUUUGCCUUCCACACAAGAACAAGAUGUCAGAUGCCUUCCAACAGAAGUAAUUGUUCGAGUAGGAAACAACUGGAAUUGGCAUUAUACAUGUAAAAGAGCGUGUCCACCAAACCAGUAUGUAUACAGAAAACAUUGCUACAACAUUUGUCCAUCGCAUACUAUUGCUAAAGACAAUGGAUUUAUCAAGUUCUGUGUCAGUGAUCUAGAACACUUCCAUUGCCCAAGGUCUAUAUGCCAGAAAGAAUAUCCGUAUUGUUUCGACGGAAAUUGUCUUGAUUCGUGUCCUGAAUACACAGUUGGAUUCAAUAGUUCAUGUGUUAUGUCAUGUCCGUCUGAAGCAAAAUAUAUUACGGCGUUUUCUUGUGAAGGGGUGUGCUAUUCUGGAAACAAAUCUUGUUCAUCGAAGUGUCCGUUUUCGCAUCCAUUUCAGUUUCGUUCAACCCAUCUUUAUCAUUGUCUAAAAGAGUGUCCAUCUUUUACCAUACAAAAUUCCAGCAAAUGCGAAUUAUCUUGCCCCAGUGAUCGCCCUUUUCUCUACAACAAAACUUGUCAAGCCACCUGUCCCUCUUCAAGUCCUUUUACUUCUCUCAGAACUACAGAAUUCAAUAAAAUUUUUAUAUGCUCCCAAAGUUGCCAUGAAAUGAUGGCAUCUUAUAAAAAUGUAUGCGUUUCUAUUUGUCCCAGCAGAUCACCUCUUGAAUAUCGUGGAAAAUGUGUCGCAUAUUGUCAGAAAGAUCGCCCAUUUACUAAUACAAAACCAGAAAAAAAGGCAUCUAUAUUUUAUCAGCAGUGUGUUGCGAAAUGUCCAUCCGAUAAAUUUCUCUGGAUCAAGAAUAAAGAAUGUGUGACUGAUUGCCCUGACAACACUUUACUAUUCAAUAACACCUGUGUCGAGGUAUGUCCACAAACAUUUCCUUUAAACUACACAAAGUUGGAACAUGGAAAACAUGAACAUAUAUGUGUAAAAAGGUGUCCAAGAAAUACUUACCGAUACAACUCUUUCUGCUUUGAUCAAUGUCCAUCUUACUUGAAAUAUUUCCAUUCAAACUGUACAUCAGAAUGUCCAAAAACGUACCCUUACACUAUAUUGGACAAUGCUACUUGUGUUCAAUUAUGUCCAGAUCCUUAUGUUUAUGAUGGAAAAAUGUGCGAUAAAAAGUGUCCAAAGGACCACGUCUACAUCGAGAACCAGCAAUGUGUAAGCGUGUGUUCAAAUACCUCAGCCCUUCAGAGACGAACAAAACAAGGCAUAGUCUGCUUGAAUUCGUCUACCUGCCCUAAUGAUACAGUCCUGAUGGAAAACACGACCCACUGUAUAGGGAAGUGUCCAAAGAGUAUGAUAAUGAUUAACGAUAUCUGCACAAACCGCACAUCAUGUCCCAACUCUACCUAUGUAGAGAAUUCUACACUGGGGACAAUGUGUACAAAGAAAUGUUCCAGUAAUUUAUAUCUGGAUGGUAACCAAUGUGUUCACACGUGUCCUUUCUCUAAAGUAAUAGUAGAACACAACUGUAGUAACGAUUGUCCAACUUCCAAGCCAUAUCGUUUUGUUAAUACCAGUCAUUAUGACAAUCCUGUGACGGUUUGUGUGUCGGUCUGUCCUAGAGAUUACGUCAUCUACCAGAAAAAAUGUAUCUUGGACGACGACUGUUCGUUUUACCUAUACGAGGGUCGCUGUUACGAGGUAUGUCCGAAAAAUACCGCACCUGAUCCCACGUACAUCAGUCCUAUGGCGUGUAUGAGUCAACAAUCUAAACCCUCUCUACCACUAGGGGUGAUUAGCUUCGUUCUUGCAGUUCUAUUUCUGAUAGGGGCUUGCAUCUAUUGCUGUUAUAAAGGACGAGACAAACGUCAAAAGAGUUCAUCUCAAAGGAAUUGGGAUGAUUCACAAACUUUAAUUGAAGACGCAGAGCAAAGACCAAUUUAACACCAAUUUUUUAUACGCAAUGUUUACAUGUUCUCAUACAUAUUCAUCGGGUAGAGAAUGUGGUAGACGUCUAUGUACAGAAUUUUAAAACAUAAAAACACGAGUCGCUUGCAACUGCUUUUGAUGAGGCUGGGAGUCAACAUAUUAACCAUCUGAUACAAUUUUAAGUGAGACAUAAUAUGUUAAGCUAUCAACUUUCAUUUUGCAAAGAAAAAUUUUCAUACAUUUUAGUUUUAAAAUGUGAUCAUUUUUGAACAAUGUUGCAUAUUCAUUUGUAGCUCUUCUUCAAAAUCAGAUCAAAAUAGUCUGACAAUGGCCACAACCACCCAGCCCUUUUAACAUUUAUGUGAAAUAUUUUAGUGUUCACAGCUUGUCUUGAAAUAAAGGUUUUUCGGGUAGGUCAUUGUGUUUUUCUAUGGCCGUUAAAGACUAAGUUAAUAUAUAUAAACUAUCAUCAUUGUAUAUUGUUUUCAAACCAAAUAGUGAUAUUUUUUCCUGCUAAACUUUACUAUGGAAUUUUCUAUCUACCACCACGGCUCAAUGCAGGUGUGACGGGUUGUCAGCA